AUGAAGAAAACUUACUUUUGCAUCACCAUCUUCAUUAUUAACACAAUAAUUGUAACUUUGGAAUCAUCAAAUGUUAAUUGCGUUUAUGGCUAUUUUGGUUUUCAUGCUGUAACUUCCAAAUAUCGCUGUCUAGUGUCAAAUAGCCUCAACAUUUCAUCACAAGAUUCAGCCCAGAUUGAUGCAGUCAAUGGAACUCAUUUAACCAAUAAGACCAACAAUGAUGAAAUUUUCUUUCAUGCAAGCAGCAGACACAUUGAAUAUUUUCCAAAAGGGCUUGAAAAAUUCUUCACAAAUCUUACUGGCAUUGUCAUUUGGUACAGUAAAUUAAAGGAAAUUCAUCAAGACGAUUUGAAGGCUUACACGAAGUUAAAUUAUCUUUUUUUAUCCACAAAUAAUAUUGAAAUAAUUGAAGAUGGGUUAUUUGACUUCCAACCGGACAUUCAAGUCAUUAAAUUUGAAGAUUCUAAGAUUUUUCACAUCAGUUCCUCAGUGUUUGAUAAUUUAUCUAAACUUACAACUUUGAGUCUUGCUGGAAAUAGCUGCACCAACUUAUCUUCCACAAACAAUCGAGCAGGCGUCCUUGAAGUCAUCAAAAGUGUCAUAAGCACCUGCAUAAGCUCUGAUUUCUCGAAACUAGAUGAAAAGUUGAAGAACCUUGAGGAAGGAUACAAAAAUUUAAACUUAAAGGAUCUGCCUGCUUUCCUACAAGAUCUUGAAAGCUUUAAGGAUGACGUAAAUCAGUCAAAAUUUGCCAAAUCAAAGGCACUAAAAAGCCGCAUAAUUAUGAUCUCAUUUUUAAAGAUGUCACUUUUAUCGGAAGUCAACAAUGCUCAAUCGGCUGAGAGUGACAGAAUAAACAGGAAAAUCAACAAUUUGGAAGCAAUGCUGAAUGAGCUGAACAAGAAGACAAUAAUUAAUAAUCACUGGAUGAUAGGAGCCUUGGUAGUCAUUGGAUUAAUCCUAACUGUAAUUUUAGUAAUAGUUUUUAAGCGAUUUCGCUCAUAAAUCUUAAUAUUUAUCAUUUGUAACCAUUUCCUUAGUAUCAUGAACCAUUGCCAGAGGGAGACAAAAAUCCCAACGCCUUCUUCCUCCCCCCCCCCCUCCCCCCCCCCCCCCGUUUGGGAUUAAUAGUUUACACUCAUUAUUCUUUCUAUCAAAACUUUAAUCAUAAAUUACUCAUUUAUUAAUCCUGUUAUUAC